AUGGAUUUGAUAAAGUACAUAUUUGAAAAGCCUGUUGUUACUAGUAGAAUUUCUCGGUGGAAAAUGUUGUUAAACGAAUAUGAUAUCCAGCAUGUGACUCAAAAAGAAAUAAAGGGGAGUGUUCUGUCUGACUACCUGACUCAUUUACCUGUGGAAAGUUAUCAACCUUUGAGGUUUGACUUUCUAGAUGAAGACAUCAUAUUUAUCAUAUAUUUCACUAUUCCAGGUCACGAGGAAAACCCUGAGGAAGGCCCCGAACCAGGAUUGCGAUGCACGCUCGUGUUUGACAGUGCAUCCAAUGCUCGUGGUCAUGGGAUAGGUGCAAUUAUCACUUCUUCAACUGUUUUCCACGGUCCAUUCACCGCUAGACUAUGCUUUGACUGCACCAAUAAUAUGGCAGAAUACAAGGCAUGUAUCUACGGUAUGGAGGCGGCCAUCGACUUAAGGAUCAGGAUUCUUGAGGUAUAUGGAGAUUCAGCUCUGGUAAUAAGUCAGGUAAAAGGUAAUUUGGAGACUCGGGAUAGCAAAUUGAUACCUUAUAAGGAGCAUAUCAGAAAAUUGAUGCCCUACUUUAAUGAAAUCUCUUUUCACCAUAUUCCUAGGGAAGAAAAUCAGUUAGCGAACGCUCGAGCUAUGUUAGCAUCCAUGUUUAAAGUCAAGUGGAAGAAUGAAGCACCUACUAUCCAUAUUGACCCCUUAGAUGAACCAACUCAUUGUCUAGCAAUUGAGACAAACCCUGAUGAUAAUCCCUGGUUCUAUGAUAUAAAGAUAUUCCUAGAGAAACAACAAUAUCCCGAGGGUAUAUCUAUUACUGAUAAGAAAGCCUUGAGAAGACUCUCUUCCAUGUUUUUCUUAAACGGUUGUGAGGGUGUACACGCGAAAGGUCCUGCUAUGGCCAAGAAGAUCCUUCGGGCUGAGUAUUACUGGACCACAGUGAAGGUUGACUAUUACAACUUUGUUAGAAGAUACCACAAAUGUCAAAUAUAUGGUGACAAGAUUUUUGUGCCACCAACUCCGUUGAACAUUCUGACGUCUCCAUGGCCCUUCUCUAUGUGGGGUAUUGAUAUGAUUAGGAUGAUAGAACCUAAAGCUUCCAAUGGUCAUCGAUUCAUCUUAGUUGCUAUCGAUUACUUCACGAAAUGGGUCGAAGCUGCUUCAUACGCCAAUGUCACUCGACAGGUGGUUACUCGGUUUAUCAAGAAAGAGAUAAUCUACUGCUAUGGAAUUCCUAGCAAGAUCAUCAUUGACAAUGCCAGUAAUCUCAACAGUAAUAUGAUGAAGGAGUUUUACAAGACCUCGGUUCGUACAUCCACUAGGGCAACUCCAUACUCAUUAGUGUAUGGGAUGGAGGCCGUUCUACCAAUUGAAGUUGAGAUUCCUUCACUCAGGGUCAUCAUGGAAUCUUAUCUUGAUGAAGCUAAAUGGGUUCAAUCUCGGUAUAACCAACUGAAUUUGAUUGAAGAAAAGCAUUUGACGGAUGCUUGCCAUGGUCAGUUGUACCAAAGACGCCUCAAACGAGCUUUUGAUAAGAAAGUUCUUCCUCGUGAGUAUCGCUCAGGAGAACUCAUGCUCAAAUGGUAUUCUGCUAUUCACUCGGAUCCUCGGGGCAAAUGGACUCCCAACUAUGAAGGACCUUUUGUCAUUAAGAAGGCUUUCUCAGGUGGAGCUCAAAUCCUCACAACAAUGGAUGGGGAAGAUUUGCCAUCGAGGUGA